UGGGCGAAGGGGUACAAGGAGGGGGUGUAUAUAAGCAGCUAAGCGUGGGAUUUUUCUAUCAGUGUCAACCCAUCCAAUGAUCCACACAGCCUGACAGGGUGAGAGCGCACAGAGAAGCGCGCAGGGGAACCGGGGAUCCGUGCUGGCGCGUUGUGUGCACUUGUUGUGUACGGCAUUGACCGAGAGGGGAAACCUCCUCCUCCUCCUCCCACCAGCCUCUGCAGCUUCCAGAAGGUGAGACAAACCCAUGCUGCCGCCGCCGCUUCACAGAGCGCUCUCCGUCCGCUUAGGUGCUGAACCGCGGGACAAGACCCUUCAACCGGUGACUUAGAGCUGAGACUCAUCCAAGAGACGCAAGCUGCAAAGAUAAACCUGCACAAACACACACACACACACACACACACACACACACACACACACACACACACACAAUUAUAUGCACAUGUGUAUGGAUUUGAAGCAAUUCAAAAACAAAGAAGAAAACACGGAGCAGAAGUGAUGGCUGGACUUCCCCCCGCCCUCGGCGUCACUCCGGCGGUCUGAGCUCAGCAGCCUGCGCGCACCGGAACCCAGCGGAGCCUCCGUAGAUGAGGAGAGCUUUCGAUCAGUGAGUGGCGGUUGACGGUUCGUUGCGCGUGGACUGGAGCGCGGCAAGCUCCGUGUCUGACCUCGCGCUUUUGGGGAACACGCGGACCUGCUUGGCGCGCAGACUGAUUCUGACAGCACCUUUGGGCGUACUGGACUUCAGCGAGGUGAAUGUUGAUGACACCAUUGAAAUGUUACCAAAAUCAAGGAGAGCUCUCACCAUUCAAGAGAUUGCUGCAUUAGCGCGAUCCUCCCUGCAUGGUAUUUCCCAGGUAGUCAAGGACCAUGUGACGAAGCCUACAGCGAUGGCUCAGGGCAGAGUGGCCCACCUCAUAGAGUGGAAAGGCUGGUGUAAGCCUAUCGACAGUCCAGCAGCCCUGGAAUCAGACUUCAACUCUUACUCCGACCUGACUGAGGGAGAACAGGAGGCGCGCUUUGCUGCCGGUGUGGCCGAGCAGUUCGCCAUAGCAGAGGCUAAGCUGAGGGCCUGGUCCUCUGUGGACGGCGACGAGUCGAACGAUGACUCAUAUGACGAGGAAUUUCUGCCUGCCAACGAGCCCACCACACAGAGCACAGAUGUGCCAUCAUAUCCUCCAUACUUGAAGGACCUGAUCCACAGUCAACUUUGCCAGCACCUGGGCCUGCGAGGGCCCUGUUGCGAGAGUGGUGGAGGAGGUGGAGAAGGAGGUGGCAGUGGAGAGCCCUCCCCCACGGCAGGAUCCCCAGACACCCUAGGGUCCAGCCUCUGCAGCCUGGACGAGCACCACCCAUUGCUGCGUGACCUGGGUGGACACCGCGGCACCCACUGCCACAGCAACGCCGCUGAGCUUGCCGCCAAAAUCCUGUCGGCGCUGCAGGGAGGGGAGGAGCUGCUGCUGGCCCGACUUCAGAGGGCAGGGCAGAGCGGUUCCAGUGGGGGAGACUGCGGCUUCCAUAGCCUGGGCGGGGCAGGGCGAAGCAUCGGGCCCUGCGGGGGUCAGGACUCUCCUUGCUACUCCAUGUCGUACUCUGAGACGUACCUGUCACCCGGUGAGGAUGAUGACACCCCCUGCAAGGACUAUGAGAGCACCCUGUGCCAGGUGGAGGCGGAGGGAAACGGAGUGGAGUACCCGCCCGCCUAUGACCUACGCAGGAGGGUCUCCGAUGUGGCCUCCUCUGGGGUCGUGUCUCUCGACGAGGAGGACGAAGAGGAGGAGGAGGAGAGGGCAGAAGAGCCAAACAACCAAUGACUCCUCUCAUCACACCUCAGUGUUCAACUCCCCCAAGCUCUUUGGAGAGAUUUCUUUUUUGCAACAACUUCCCCUCUCCCCCAUGAUGUCUGAAAAGUUUUAACCUCUGCGCAUGUUAUUUUUUGGACUGAAGCAUCCAUCUUUGCCUUACUUGCAGCAUUUCGCCUCCUCUUUUUCCACUUCAUAACUGCUUCUGUCCCCAUUCGAUGUUUCAACUCGGCGUCCAAACAAUCUUUUUUAUCAGUGCGAAAACAGGAGUGCUGGAUGUGCCACAGCAGUCCGGUGACUUACUCGUGGGUAUGAUGCUCACAGUUUUCAGCUCCGUCCAUACCUGGACGUGACUCCUCGGACGCCACAAACAGGCAGACAGAAUGACACCAAAUGACAGACUGACUCCAGGGUCCCAAACUCUGACUUAUCUUUGCAUGUGUUUUGCAAGUGCUGAAAUCGAUGGGCUGACCCGAUCUUGAGCACGGUUUGUAAUCUCAGCUGUUCUGUAUAACCCCCCCACCCCAGCGCCUCCAAUGAGAGGGAGGGGUCGACCCUUAUCUUCCCCUCCUCCCUCCCUGCCCCCCCCCUUUGCAAGAGACAAAAUAGCAUCCUUUUGGGCAUGGCUUGCUGAGUAUGCCAAACUAUUUAACCCUGUCACUACCAAUUAUGAGCAAAUGCUGGAAUGUCUUCAAAGUGACAGGACAUAGUAUGUAUUUUAAAAUAACAACGUUUAAAAAAAAGAUUUGUCACAAAUUAUAUGACAGAAAUGAUAUGCUUUUAUUGUACUAGUUUUCUAUCACUCAAACAUGUUGUUGUUCACAUUAUUCUAAACAUCAUUAAUGAUGGACAUCUGCUAUAAUGAUUUACUAUAGCUACUGGAUAUUUUUGGGGUUCUGUGGAUUCCUGCGUGGAAGACACGAGAACUUUGGUUGUCUUAAAAAACAAAACAAAAAAAAAAACACAGCAGCAGCAACAGUGAUGACAACAAACAGAAUGUUCCUGAAGUGACCCUUUGGCGUUAGGUGUUCAGCAGGAAGAGGCGCAGGUGGAGGAGACAGAAAAGUUUUUUUUCUGUGAAGAGACGAGUUGCAUCUGAGAUUUUCUAUAUUUUUGUAUGCGUUGUCUUGCUUUGAUCUCUUUGCCUAUGCGGCGUGCCAGUGUAUGUGGUUUUUUGCACGAAGCUAACGUGGCUGUAGAUUUCUCCUUUUCUUCGUUAUCACUGUGUGAUAUAGUUUAAUGGGAAAAAAUAACAUUACAAUGUGAAGAAAAUUAUUUUUUAUUUCAAAAGAGGAUACUGUGAUACGGUUUGUUAUUGCCAUAUGUCAUGAUCCUCAUGAAGAGCUCUUCUUUUUUCUUUGCUCUUCUUUCUUUCCUCUCAUACUGACUCCUGAAAAGCUUUGCCUUUUAUUCUCUACUUUCCCUUCUUUUCUAUGAUGUUUUUGCAAAAUGGCAUGUUUAUGGGACACAUGCAGAAACUCCCAUCUCAGCGGUGAUGUGAGGAGCCCUGUUGAGGUUCUCCCAGAGGGACUGUCAUUCAUACAACUCAGGAAAUCCCAUCGGACCAUUCCGCCCGCACACAUAACACCACUCGUCUCUCAUCCUCCGUGUGUGUAUGUUUGUGAGAGAGGAAGCCUGGUGUGCGUAGUUAUUUUCUACAACUAAUUAAAGUACAGAUUCAGUCCCCGCAUCCUUCUUUCAUGUUCCUUUUCUGUUUCAAUAAGCCUCAGUGUGCGAUUCUGAUGUUUCUGACGUUUCGUGCAAAUGUGUGUGUGGCUGUAUUGUAAGAUGUCAGCAGGCUGCUCAAGCUUGCACUUUAUAUCCAUUCCAAACCCCUCCGAUGCAGCGAUUCCCUUUAAAAGCAGUGUGUGGUGUAGCUGAGCUCUCGUUGAAAAUUUAACUUUUACUGGUGCUGGAGAUUAAAAAACAGGCCAUAACAUCUGGAAAUAAUUUAUAGAAAGCAUGACAUUGGUAAAUCAGCUGACUUCUGAACUCAGAGUUCUAUUAAAAUGAGGAGUCCAAGUCAGAAGAGUUGGAAAAGACAGCGACAACUCAGGGGGAACCAUUGAAGCUGUGCCUUUCAUUCGUCACCUUUGCACCGUCACCGUCACCACAUGCUGUCACUCAGGCCAUAGCUUGGCUUCCUUCCCCUUCUCCCUCCUCCCUAAAUGAGCCAGUGCAGAGUAAAACACUAUGAGAAUCAGUUCGAUGACAGCACCGAACAUGACGUAGCAUCUCCUCCCUGGAGGUUACAGCAGGCCGAUCGUCCUUUUGGUUAACAUUAGAAGCCGGGCGAUGCCACUGAGGCGAGGUUGUGCUUUUGUCCUGCCAUGGUGACGUGACGAGAGCACGCCAUUGUUCAUCACCCCCCACACCCACAUACGAUUUAUCAGUCUGUCCACCAGUGCAUUUGUUCUGUCUGUCUCUCUUGUGUCCUCGUCCUCUCCUCGGGCAGUGUGUGUGUGAAGAGGUGUGUGUGUGUGUUAGAGAGAAGACGGGCACCUUGGUGUGAUGCAUUUUUCAUUCACACAGCUGUCUCGUUCUCCCACAUGAAGUGUGUUUUUAUUUUUAUACUUCUGAUUACCAUGACUACAUCCAUUCAUCCAGUCUUCAUCCAUUUUUUACCACAACCUCAUCCUGAAUCUAAACGCUUCGUAGACGUGGCACUUUGGUGGAUUUCCACAUCUUUCUAUCCUUGUGAGAACAUUUUGUCCACAUAAGAAUAGAAAUUAAAGAAUUCCAGCUGACACACACAGACAGCCUGAUGAAUGUCUCCCCUCUGCAUCCUUCUGUCUCUGUCCUGUCAUUUCCUGUCCCACCCCCUCCUCUCUCUUUCUCUGUCCUUUCCUAUUUGCCUCCACUCUUUCUUUCCCUGCCUCCCUCCAUCCAUCCAUCCCCACUGGGGGCUCAUUACAUAACCAAGAGGAAAACUGAGUGCUACCUUUGCCAACAGGCAAUUAGCCCGUGAUUAUGAAACCGCCUGACGGACAAGAGAUGUGUAUCUCUCUCCUGUCUGUCUUCUUUUUUUUCCACCCUCAUGUCUUUUUCCACUUCACUCCAUGAGCGCCCUCCCUUCCUUUCUCUCUGCACCCCUCCUCACCACCACAAGCUUUUUCUAAAUGACAUCUUUUGAGGUUAGCUGUCCCAGAAAACUCACAGCAGUUUGUGGAGAACAAUGGAUGUUGGAGUGAGGGAAGUGUUUCUCACACACGCCUCUCUGUAAUAUUUCGUAGCCGAACAGCAGAAGAAAAGCACGCUGUCCUUGAGUCAGACAGAUGUCUUUAGAGUGAAACAUGUUUCUUUUUGUGUAAGUGUGUGUCUCUGGGCAGUGUGUUUUACUUUGUUGCUUCAGGCAAGUGCUGACAUUAGAUACUUAUCAGAGAGAAGAGCUCCAGAUUCGCUCUCUGUGAGUGUGUGAGUGUGUGUGUGUGUGUGCGUGAUAGUAGCGGGAGAACCCAGCGCUAUAAAAAGACAUCAAAACAUCUGUUGGACACUGUCAAGGCAGGAGGGCGUAUGAAUAUUCAGUUGGUGGUGGCGCCCCCGUCACCCUAUAGCCUACUUACCAUUUUAGAACAAAGCUGAAGGGCCUGGGGACUUCUCUCAACACACCACCGGCCCCAAGUGGUGAAUAUUAGGACGAAACCUGCGAACACAACCGAGACCAAGAGUGUGAAACCUGCUGCAGGAACUGAAUAGAGAGAGUGUAAUCUUCACAGAGAGAUGGUCUGCGUUUAACCCACAUUAGCUUUCACCGUCUUAAUUAAACCGUCCCACAAUCCUCUGGGGAGACGGGUGCACACAGUGACACCAGGCGCACGUGCACACACACACACACACACACACACACACACACACACACACACACACACACACACACACACACACACACACACACACACACACACACACACACACACACACACACAGACAGUUGUGAGAGUUCAGAGAGCAAAGCCAUACAACUUACCCAACAGAGACACCAUGAACAGGGUAUA